AGAAUUUUGGAGGAUUUCUUGCUGUCGAAAGCGCGCAGCACCGUCAAAGAAAAUGUUCGCGUGAUUGAUAGCUCGCUGCCGUCGUAUCUCGUCCUCCACACCCGCAAUCGCACGCAGGCAACAAACCGCAAGCUGUCUUCCGAAGUCGACUUCACCGUACCUGGUCGCGGAACAUCGCCCACAGAGAACUUUAACCCAUCCGAUGGGCGGAACGUUGAGCUACGAGAUCGCGCUGUGAACGCGGCUACCGAAAGACAAAUAACGCUGCAUUCGUUCCCGUCGUCGCUUUACUUGACCAUGGCGUACCAAUGAUCGCGCCCUGCAAUGAGCCUAAAAGCGUUCGACCUGAUCCCCGCCAGCGAGAGAGUCAGCAGCGGACUAGCAACGACGGAGAUCAGCUGCCUAGAAUGCAGUGGAAAGACCCUCUAUGCUGGCACAGCUGACGGGUUUCUGAUUCAGUAUCGAAUCGAAGACCAAAGCAGCAGCGAUGGCCUGCUGCAGCCUUUCGACACCCGAAAAGAGACGCAGAAAUUUCUCGGCACGAAAAGGCCUGUCCGGACACUCAGAGCCAUGUCGGCACUCAAUCGACUCCUUUGUCUCAGCGACGGAAACCUCAUGUGUCUCGACAUGACCGACCUAGAGAUAUUGAGUGGUCUUUCGAAAUUGAAGGGCAUUUCUGCGUUUUGCGUGAAUGAGAAUCCCACCAAGAACGACCCCUUCUGCGUCCAAGUAUGUGCUGCCAGGCGAAAACAGCUGCAAUUCCACAGUAUCACCGACGUCAAAGUGCUGCAUCAGGGGGACAUCCCUUUGCCUGAGCCUCCAAUUGCCAUGGCGAUGGACGGGGACUAUGUCUGCAUUGCAACGGCUACACAGUACGCCGUCGUCUGCUGCAGGACGGGACACAUUCAGGACUUGGUGCCGUACGAUAGCGGGCACACCAUCGGCUUCGUCAAACGUAUCGCCAAGGACGAAUUCCUGCUGAACGGUCCGAGCGACUUGGGGAUCUUUGCAACGAGCGCAGGAGUCUCUCAACGUCCGCCGCUCCCGUGGGGCGCCUGCGUUUCGGCCGUGGCAUACAGCCACCCGUACAUCGUCUGCCUCGCGGAGGAGUCCGUUACGGUGUACAGCAUCUUCGACCAGCAGCCCAAGCAACGCAUUCCGUUCCGUGGCGGAACCUACAUGGACAACUUUGAAGGGAAGCUACUUCUGUCAGGAAAGGACAGCCUGUUUGUGCUUCAUCCAGUGCCCUGGGAAGCUCAGGUGCAAGCGUUGCUCGCCGACGAAAAAGUCACGGAAGCCCUCGAACUGGCCAGGCAUUCCAACAAGAGCGGGCUUUCCCUGGAACAGAACAAACAGGUCUUAAAGAGGAUACACCUGCAGGCGGGUUUCAUCGAAUUCUCUCAGCAGCGCUUCGAAGAAGCCAGGCAGCUCUUUCUGGAAGGAGGGCUCGACGUGAGAGAGUUGAUCUGCCUUUACCCAGACCUGCUAGCCGCUUCGUCUGCAUUCACCAGGGCCUCCCCAAGGCUCCACGACGUGGAUGAUGUUGUGCGCCUAUGUCGGAGUCAACCCGAGCCGCUUUCGAGGUUCUACCAGUUCCUUAUGUCCUACCUGGAAACCGCGCGGCACACAGAUACGGAAUGUAGGAUGGAGGUCAACACGGCCCUGAUCAAGCUGUAUGCAUCGACGGGGGACCACGACGCGAGGCUGGCGUCGUUCCUGCAGACGGACGGAGGCACAUGCUGCGACCUGGCAGACUCGGCCCAGUUCCUCAAGAAGCACGGCAAGUUCCACGCAGCCGCGCUGCUCUACGACGCGCACAAGGAGCACGAAAGCUGCCUUCGCCUCUGGUCAAGUAUUUUGUCCGGCGAGAUUGAAGACAAGAUGUUUCCAGGACUCGCCUUUUACGUCGACUAUCUCUCCAGGCUGGAGAACCACCAGCUUGUGUGGAUGUUUGCCGAGGCCGCCCUGGAAAAAGAUCAGCUAGUUGGACUGAAGGUGUUCACGGAGAGGCCUCCCGAAGAGCCGGAGACGGAGCGAAUGCGGCCCGACAGCGUCUUGGAGUUUUUGCACCGCUUCUCCGACGCUGUGGUGGGCUACCUUGAGUUCCUGGUGUACCGGAGAAAAAUCGAGAAGGAGAAGUACCACACACUCCUGGCCGUACUCUACUUGGAGACGGUCUUGCGGUACCUCAAGCAGAAUGGACCGAGUGCUGACUCUAAAGAAUUAAAGGAUGCCAGAGAAAAACUGCAGCAUUUACUGAGCAGCUCCUCUUCGUACAGGGUGCAGCUGCUGCUUGGAAGAGCUCUCGAAAAUAACCUGUACCAGGAAUGUGCCAUACUCUACGGAAAGCUGGAAGACCACGACAAGGCGUUGCACAUUUUGGUGCACCAGUUGAAGGACUACAUGGCCGCGGAGGACUACUGCCGCACCCUCUCGCGGGGUCACGACCGGCGCUUCAGGCACCGGCUCUACCACACCCUGCUGGCCGUCUACCUGGACGUGUCGUUGGACGAGGAAGACCAAAACAACCUCCUGGCUCCUGCCGUCCAGUUGCUGAACAGCGAGGUUGCUGAAUUUGAUGCUGUGAAGGUGCUGCAAUUGAUCCCACCAACGUGGUCCGUGUCCCUCGUGGAUCAAUUCCUGACCAAGGCUGUGCGCACCUCUCUUCACCGGAGUCACAUGACACGGGUGGAAAACGCCCUUGCCCGCGGCCAAAACCUGCAAGUCAAGUGCACCAAGGUGCUGCUCCAUCAGACGGCCUUGACCCUCACUGAAGAGAGGGCAUGCUCUGUCUGCGGACGUUCCUUCACGGAACCCACUUUCGCCUGGUGUUCGGACGGAUCGGUGAUGCACCUGCAGUGUUCCAAAGGCCUGACCAAUGGCACGAACCAUCACCCGAAGGGCACAAGUCCAAGAAGCUGCUCCAGAUGAAGCCUCGCUCGUUUCCCUUUCGCCGUUUUUCCCAGCCCCUCCGGCUGAAGGAUUGAAUGACCAUAGAUAUUUGAAUGGCACAAGCACAUCUCUGCGUGCCGUCUGUACAGUCGUGAA